AAAUAAUUGAGAAUUUAAUUUAAUGUAUUAAAAAAUCAAAGUAACAGAUCUGGUGAAGAUAUAUGCAUGUCCUUAGAGUUGGGGAUUUGGCUGGAAGGUUGUAUAAGAAGUUCUGAGAUCUGGGGAGGAAACGAUGGGAAGCUCUGAGGAGAAAGUUGUCGCCGUGAUCAUGGUAGGAGGACCAACCAAAGGAACUAGGUUUAGGCCACUGUCACUGAAUAUCCCAAAGCCACUUUUCCCGCUAGCCGGACAGCCAAUGGUUCAUCAUCCCAUUUCUGCCUGUAAAAGGAUUCCAAACCUAGCACAGAUAUACCUUAUUGGGUUCUAUGAGGAGCGCGAGUUUGCCAUAUAUGUGUCCUCUAUCUCGAAUGAACUGAGAGUUCCUGUCAGAUACUUGAAAGAGGAUAAACCACACGGGUCAGGUGGCGGGCUCUACAAUUUCAGGGAUAUGGUCAUGGAAGACAGCCCAUCACACAUCUUUUUACUGAACUGUGAUGUUUGCUGCAGUUUCCCACUGCCUGAGAUGCUUGGUAAUUUGCUCUCCAUUAAGGUGUCGUUUGAGGCUCACAAAAAAUAUGGGGGUAUGGGAACUAUCCUUGUCCGCAAGGUUUCUCCGGAGUCAGCAAGUGAGUUUGGGGAACUAGUUUCCGACCCGGUUACCAAUGAACUGCUUCACUACACUGAGAAACCUGAAACUUUUGUGAGUGAACGCAUCAAUUGUGGUGUUUAUGUAUUUACUCUAGAUAUUUUCACUGCCAUUCAAGGUGUAUCGACACAACGGAAGGAAAGAGCUAACCUGCAACGUGUAUCUAGCUUUGAAGCUCUUCAGCUACCAAAUAGGAUUGUUCCAGCAGAUUUUGUGCGGUUGGAUCAAGAUAUCUUAUCACCACUUGCGGGGAAAAAGCAACUAUAUACCUAUGAGACCAUGGACUUCUGGGAACAAAUCAAAACUCCUGGGAUGUCUUUGAAGUGUUCCGGUCUUUACCUUUCUCAAUUUAGAUGUACAUCACCCCAUCUUUUGGCAAGCGGGGAUGGCACAAAGAACGCGUCAAUCACUGGCGAUGUCUACAUUCACCCUUCUGCAAAAGUUCAUUUGUCCUCAAAGAUCGGUCCAAAUGUUUCAUUAUCUGCCAAUGUUCGGAUUGGAGCUGGUGCAAGGCUCAUUGAUUGUAUUGUUCUUGAUGACGUGGAAAUCAAGGAAAAUGCGGUUAUUGUUCAUGCUAUUAUUGGCUGGAAGUCAUCCGUUGGGAGAUGGUCUCGAGUCCAGGGUGUUGGAGAUUACAGCGCAAAGCUUGGAGUAACAAUCCUUGGUGAAUCUGUGUCCGUGGAAGACGAAGUGGUGGUGAUAAACAGCAUCGUUCUUCCAAACAAGACCUUAAAUGUUAGUGUUCAAGAGGAGAUCAUACUAUGAUGUCCAGAGAAAAAAGUUCAACCAAUCAACUCUACCGAUUGCCAAUGGCUGGAAUUAUAGCUGUGUGUAACUGUGCACUGUGUAUCACCACUUUUUUACUUUUUCUAAACAACUUAUAAAAUAAAACUCCAUGUAAUUUUUGGGUUUUUCAAAUUUAUGAGUUACAUUCAUGUAAUAAAAUACC